AAUAGAUAUCAAUGUCAAAAACCAAAAAUUCAAAAUCCCAAACUUUCAAUUUUUAAAAUAUUUUUUUAGUAUCAUUAAUCAAUCUCAAUGCUAUUUAUUAAUUUACAAUUUUAUUCGUGCUCGUGGUGCUCGUGCGUUGCGUUGUGUUUAAUUUUAACUUGUAAAAUAAUGUUUUAGUAAAUUAAAUCACUGCAAAUGUUUAAAAACAUUGAAACAACUGCGAUAUUUGCCAUAACGAAAACAUUCACUUGUAAAUAAACAAUGCAGAAUUCAGUUGAAUGUGUUGAAAAUCGAGUUGAAACUCAACCAAAAGUGAAACUUCUUCGCUGUGUGGAAUGGCUGCAAAACCAGAAUGAAUUGAAGAAAGCUCCAAACGGGAGUAAGGAGUUUGAUAUUGAUUCCAAUGCGUCGCGCAAAGAGUUCUUAUUGUCUGGCGGAGAUGAUACGACGGUGCCUUCUGGGGUUGAUGAACUAGUUAUUCAACCCAAGUUUGUGCCAGUAAGACAUUUACGCACAAAAGAUCUGGAAAUGCAAUGCGAGUGGCAGUCCUGCUUCAGUUGUUUCUCAGACUAUGAACAGUUUCAAGAGCAUGUCCGUAGUCACCAGUCUCAACUACAUGUCAUACAAACUGAAGAAAAUGUGGACUAUGUCUGUCUAUGGGAUGUAUGUGGUCACAGAACAUCAGACUUCUCAGAAAUGAUACGCCAUAUAAACUACCACGCUUACCAUGCGCGCCUUUUAGCAAUUGGCUUAAAUGGUAGAGCUACCUUGAAGUUGGAACAAUGCAGGAAGGACUCCAGCAAGAGAAACCAGCUGCCUCCAUUGAAGCAUAAACACAGUUGCAUGUGGGUGGAGUGCUCACAGAGUUACAACUCUAUACAGUCGCUCUUCGACCAUGUGAAGCACCACAUAUCAUACUCAGAGCGGCACUUGUGCUCGUGGGCGGGCUGCGGCGCCGUGUUCCCGCGCCGGCCGCUGCUGACCAUGCACGUGCGCUCGCACACCCGCGAGCGAGUGAUAGCAUGCUACCACUGCGGGCAGCACUUUGCCUGCAACAGGAAGCUGAGCGACCACCUCAUAAGGCAGAAUGUCGAUCCCUCAACGGGUAUACCAUGCAGCAUGUGCGGCGUACUCUUCGCAUCGGAGUACCUGAAGCGCGAACACGAGCGUCAACACAUCUCCGCGUACGCGUGCGCCAUGUGCGACAUGUCGGCGCCGUCGCCCGCCGCGCUCGCGUACCACAUGCGGUACAGGCACCUCUCCUCCAGCGGCACACGGACACACGCCUGUCCGCACUGCUCCUACAAGGCUGUUACAAAAAGUGAUCUCCGAAAACACAUUCCAAUCCACAAAAAGAAGAAAAGGAAAGCCAAAGACAUUGAGGUGAUCUCUGAUAGUGACAGUUCAGAGGAAGAAGUUAGGAAGAAGAAAGUGCUGAAGAAAUACGCUUGCCACAUGUGUCCGGAAAAAGAAGUGAAAGUUUUCUCAAGGGGUACACGGCUGACCACACACUUGGUCAAAGUGCACGGAGCGCAGUGGUCAUUCGGUCAUAGUAGAUUUAGGUAUCAAAUAAGCGAUGACGGCAUGUACAGAUUGACAACAACCAGAUUUGAAUACGAAGAUAUUUCCAAAAAUAUUUUAGAUGACUAUAGUCGGCCGAAAGAAUCUUUGAACAAAACGUUAGAAUUUGAAGUCAUUGAAAUAGCUGAUGCCACUAAAACAACGCCGAAACAAUUCGAAAUAUCUCUUAAGAAUAAUGACAUAAAGGAAGAAGGACAAGCAGGUGGAGAAAACGUGAAAAAAGAGAACAGAGAUGAAAUAGAUCAAAAUAGAGCAGUGGAAAUUACUAUGUGUGACGUAGAUCAUGAUGGAAAUAUUAUUAAUACGAAAAUUAUACAAUCGUAUCCAUUGCAAUUAUAAAUAUAUUAUUAGUAUAAGUAUUUUUAGAAAUCAAAUAAAUAUUUUUACAGAAUAAA